ACUGACGUUUCAUCUAUCUAAUACGCUUGCGCGGUUCUUUCUCUACCUUUACUUUGGUAGUGAGGUUGUUAUUACCAUUUGAAAAAGUAUAACCGCCUGUAAUUGUUGUUCUUCGUAUCACCAUGAGACCAAUUUUAUUGCAGGGCCACGAGAGGUCCAUCACGCAGAUAAAGUACAACAGAGAAGGAGAUCUGCUGUUUUCUGUCGCUAAGGAUCCGAUCGUAAAUGUUUGGUACUCCGUUAAUGGUGAACGCCUUGGCACCUACAAUGGCCAUACUGGAGCGGUAUGGUGUGUGGACGUAGACUGGGACACAAGAAAUGUGUUGACCGGAUCUGCAGACAACACCUGUCGUCUCUGGGACUGUGAAACAGGGAAGCAGCUGGCAGUAGUCGAAACAAGCUCUGCUGUGAGGACCUGUGGCUUUGAUUUUAGUGGCAAUAUCAUCAUGUUUUCCACAGACAAACAGAUGGGUUACCAUUGUUACGUUAGCUUCUUUGACCUCAGAGACCCUACCCAGAUUAGCGACAACGAUCCUUACAUGAAGAUAAGCUGUCCUGAGUCAAAGGUGACGAGUGCUGUAUGGGGCCCUCUGGGAGAGUUUGUUAAUGCAGGACAUGAGAAUGGAGAGAUGAAGCAGUAUUCUGCAAAAUCAGGUGAGCUCCUCAAGACUGUGAAAGAACAUUCCAAACAGGUUAAUGACCUCCAAACAUCACAGGACAUGACAAUGGUGGUUACAGCAUGCAAGGACAACACAGCCAAGCUGUUUGAUUCUGUAUCUUUGGAUCAUGUAAAGACAUUUAGGACUGAGAGACCAGUUAAUUCAGCAGCUCUGUCCCCCAUCUUAGACCAUGUAGUACUGGGUGGUGGUCAGGAAGCAAUGGAUGUAACGACAACCUCAACCAGAAUUGGAAAGUUUGAGGCAAGAUUCUUCCACUUAGCAUUUGAAGAAGAAUUUGGAAGAGUUAAGGGCCAUUUUGGUCCAAUUAACAGUCUCGCUUUUCACCCAGAUGGAAAAAGCUACAGCAGUGGUGGUGAGGAUGGUUACGUCAGAAUACACUACUUCGAUCCACAGUACUUUGAAUUCGAAUUUGAAUCUUGAAACCUCUGAUCUGUUAUAGAGAAAAAAAAUCAGUAAUUUUUUUCCUUGGCAUUGUUUUGCUACUUCCAUGAAGCAGAAAAUAUUUUUACGCACAGCUGGACAUUUCCAUUUUUGUCAGUCUUUUUUUGGAAAGAUUAGAUUGCGGUUGUUCUGGUGGUUUCCUGAAAGUUUUAUUCAUUUGUCAAUCAGAAGGCUUUUGCCACAAAGCAAACAGACUGCGUGUUUUUUUUGGUACUUAAUACAGACUUCUGCAACAAGGCGAUUGCUUUCAUUUUACCACAAUGUUUAAAAGAAGCUACUCAAUUUACGACCAUUUACAUUAAUGUAUUUCUAGUUUUAAGAAAUCAUUCACUUAAAUCUAAGUUAUUAAAGUACAAAUUUAUCUUGAUUUUUUGGUAUUGAGAUCCAAGUCCAAAACUGAAAACAAAUAAAUUACCUUUCCUGUG